AUGACAUGCGAUAUAGAGGACGAUAACGACCCAUACAAAAUCAAUAUAAACUUAGAGGAUGACUCGGACAGCAACAAAAAAGCGUACUUCGAAAAAGGCCUUCGCACACUCUUAGCCGACCCAUUUUUCUUGCUGCUCUAUGUACCUGAAGAUGGGGACAGGAUGCAAAUUAUACGACCUGCUAAUGACUCAUAUCAUCGCAAACGCAUGAUCAAAAAGAUCAAUGAAGCAAAACGCGUUCCAUCGUUUUAUUAUGCGUUAUCACACCUUUGGGGACUCACAAAAGACAACCUAUACGAGUGGAAUCAAAUCAGCGACUACGUGGAUGACGAGGAAGGACAACCAGUGAAGCCUGUGUCCAUGCGACCUGAGAAACGCGAUGCAUUACUAGCACUACUCAAAGAUCACCCUGAUAGUUAUUGGUGGAUCGACGUCUUGUGUGCACGUUUUGAUACACCCUUGGAUAUCAUGGGAGAUAUCUAUGCUUAUUGCCUUGAAUGUAUUGCGAUGAUCGAUUGUGAGCCGAACCUGAUAUCUGAAAUUCAUACAGCGGUGGAUGAGCUAGCAGCACUCGAGAAAUUAGCAUACAGAGAAGAGAUAGAAUGGUCAACAUACAAGGAGUUGUGUCAACCCAAAUGCUCCCUAUUGGUUGAACACUUGCAUACAUUUUUCCAAAGCGAAUGGUGGCAACGUGUAUGGACUUGGCAGGAGAUGGCUCUACCUGUAGGAGACGUGCGCUAUAUUGCUGAAACAGAUAUUCACCGAUUUCAAACCAACUCUUUAACGCUGGACAUAAUGACAGCGUCUAAAAUUUCGAGUAUGACGUAUUAUCAUGUUGACUUCGACAAACAAAACGAUGCAUUUUAUGAAGUUCGUUUAUGUCUUUCAGACAUAAAGGCUGCUAAGACAUCCAACUCUUACCGUAUCAGCGGUAUCGACUUUCGAGGCAGAUUUGAAAGGGCAGUGUGGUCAUUGAGUGGAUCCAAGCGACGAUGUUAUGAUCCAGUGGAUUAUGUCUAUGGUGUGCUGGGGAUGUUGCGGAUCAAAAUCCCAAGGAUGGAGGAUCCCAAUGACGUUUGGCGCCAUUUCUUAUCACAGUUGGAUGAUUUAGUUCCGCGUGAUGGAAGAUGGAUUGAUCUUGCAGACGAAAUCGAUUUACGUAAAGUUAAAAAUAUUGGCGAAGUGUACCACGAGUGGUAUAAGGUUCUGAAUAAACGUUGA